AUCUGUGUGUUUCAAAUAUCAAAUGUUAUUAUUUCAAAUGUUAACUUGUGUUUUCUACAUUUUGUCAGGCACUUCUUUGGGCAGCUGGUCUGGACCUCAUUUGUUUUGGUAGGGAGGUCCACCAGACCACCACACAGGUUUUACUUGGGACUUUUACAAGACAAUUUCAACCGUUUUACGUAUUAUUUCACAAACAGCAAACAUGUCAUCGCCUCUAGCAAAGCCUCAGAUCAUUGCGCACUUUCAGAAGAGUUUGAACUACACGGUUUUUGACAGUAAAUGGAUUCCUUGCAGCGCCAAGUUUGUCUGCCUCGGGAACUUUGCGAGAGGAACCGGAGUAAUGCAAAUAUAUGAAGUGCAGCACGGGGAGGCUCAACUUAUCAAGGAGGUAGAGAAACCUAAACCCAUAAAGUGUGGGACAUUUGGGGCCACCUCUCUUCAACAAAGACACAUAGCAACUGGGGAUUUUGAUGGAAAUCUCAAUAUAUGGAACCUGGAGAUGCCUGACGUGCCAGUGUACACUGUAAAAGCCCACAAAGAGAUAGUGAAUAGUAUUGAUGCUGUUGGCGGCCUGGGGAUUGGCGAUGGUGCACCUGAGAUAGUCACCGGAAGCAGAGACGGGACUGUAAAGGUGUGGGAUCCCAGACAGAACGAUUCACCUGUAGCCAACAUGGAGCCCAUGGAAGGAGAAACCAAGAGGGACUGCUGGACAGUUGCAUUUGGUCAUGCCUUCAACGAUCAGGACCGAUGUGUAUGUGCUGGCUAUGACAACGGGGACAUCAAACUCUUUGACCUGCGGAAUAUGUCCGUACGGUGGGAAACCAACAUUAAAAAUGGGGUAUGCUGUGUGGAGUUUGACAGGAAAGACAUCAACAUGAACAAGCUGGUGGCCACCUCACUGGAGGGAAAAUUCCACGUCUUUGACAUGAGGACCCAACACCCCACCAAGGGCUUCGCCUCUGUUUCCGAAAAGGCUCAUAAGUCGACCAUCUGGCAGGUGAGACAUUUGCCUCAAAACAGAGACAUCUUUAUGACUACAGGGGGAGCAGGCAACCUACAUCUAUGGAAAUACGAGUAUCCUGCUCAUCGAAGCAAGAAGGACUCAGAUGACAUGGAUGUGGGAGUAGCUGGAUCUGUAAACCUCUUACAGAACGUCACUCUGUCCACUCAGCCGAUCGCCAGCCUGGACUGGAGCCCGGACAAGCAGGGCCUGUGUGUGUGCUCAGGCUUUGACCAGUCUGUCCGCGUGCUCAUUGUCACCAAACUCAACUCGGUGUAAAAAAGCAGACCACAACAGAGACUGAAGGUCAAGAUCUGUGCAGCCUGCUACCAAAUGAGUCACAGCAGUAGAGACGCAUCAACAGUGUGUAAAUCACUGCCCUUUUGUGAGGCUGAAUUGUCUUUUUAUUAGGAGACAACAAUUUCCUACUGUGGGUCUUGGCAGCUGUCCCAUCUAAUUUUUUUACAAUCGAUACUCAUCUUUAGACUUAUCUUGCCAGUAGACCGUUUAACUCAAAUGAACCUGGAAAUCCUCGGUUGGUGUUUUUCUCUGUUAAAUGCUUUCUCUGAAAAAUGUGUAGUGCUUGGCUGAGCCCUGCAGGCAGUGUUAACCUGUAGUGCAGAUAAAUACAAUGAUACCUUUCCUGUUAUCAAAAAACACUCUGUUGGGAUGAAGAAAUGAGUCAUACAGCUUCUGGUUUGGAAUAACACUUUGGGAGUCAACAUUGAUUUUUAAAAAAUAUAUUUCCAUUUUUGUUGGAUGCUCACUGAAACACCUCUUUAGUUGCACUAUUGGUGAUUUGUGUUGCUUCCAGUUCUGUCUACUGUUGAAGUUUUCACUUUUGAUAUGUCAUUUUUAUUGAGAACUCUGUGUUUUCCAAAUUAAAUGUGCCUUUGGAGAAGAA